GGGGCGCGGCGCGGCGCGGCGCUCGCGGCUGCUGCCUGGGAGGGAGGCUGGGCAGGCGGCGGAGCGGCGCGGCUCUCAACCUGACGGGGAAGUGGCCCCGGCGGCCGCGACUGACUCUCCGGAGGCGGACCGACGGACGGGCAGACGGGCGGACGACGAGGGCGGGGGCUGGGAGCCGAGCCGGGCGACUGAAAGAGCGAGCGGGUCAGGCUCCGCGUCGGCCACUCUCUCCGUCCGCUGAAUGAAGUGCCCGCCCCGCUGAGCCCGGAGCCCGGCGCUUUCCCCCGCAAGAUGGACGGUUUCGCCGGCAGCCUCGAUGAUAGUAUAUCUGCUGCAAGUACUUCUGAUGUUCAAGAUCGCCUCUCAGCUCUUGAAUUACGAGUUCAACAACAAGAAGAUGAAAUCACUGUGCUAAAGGCAGCUUUGGCUGAUGUUUUGAGGCGUCUUGCAAGCUCUGAAGAUCAUGUAGCCUCAGUCAAGAAAUCAGUCCCAAGUAAAGGUCAAACAGGCAUUCGAGAAGCUAUUUCCAUGUCCUGUAUAACCAAUGGGAGUGGCACAAACAGAAAACCAAGUCAUACCAGCUCUGUCUCAGUUGCCAGAAAAGACACUUUUUCAUCUGCUGCUAAAAGUGGUACAGAAAAAAAGAAAGAAAAACCACAAGGACAGAGAGAAAAAAAAGAGGAAUCUCAUUCUAAUGAUCAAAGUCCACAAAUUCGAGCAUCACCUUCUCCCCAGCCCUCUUCACAGCCUCUCCAAAUACACAGACAAACUCCAGAAAGCAAGAAUUCUACUCCCACCAAAAGCAUAAAACGACCAUCAACAGCUGAGAAGUCACAUAAUUCCUGGGAAAAUUCAGAUGAUAGUCGUAAUAAAUUAUUGAAGGCAGUUUCAACAUCAAAAUUAAUAUCAAAAGUUAUAAAAAAUACAGACAAGCAUAAAGAUGUCAUCAUCAACCAAGCAAAAAUGUCAACCCGUGAAAAAAACAGCCAAGAAGGAGACUAUAUUAAAAUGUUUAUGCGAGGUCGGCCAAUUACAAUGUUUAUUCCUUCUGAUGUUGACAACUAUGAUGACAUCAGAGCAGAACUGCCCCCUGAGAAGCUCAGACUGGAGUGGGUAUAUGGUUAUAGAGGAAAGGACUGUCGAGCUAAUGUUUACCUUCUUCCUACUGGGGAAAUAGUUUAUUUCAUAGCAUCAGUAGUAGUACUAUUUAAUUAUGAGGAGAGAACUCAACGGCACUACCUGGGUCAUACAGACUGUGUAAAAUGCCUUGCUGUACAUCCUGACAAAAUUAGGAUUGCAACUGGACAGAUAGCUGGAGUGGAUAAAGAUGGAAGGCCUCUGCAACCCCAUGUCAGAGUGUGGGAUUCAGUUAGUCUAUCCACACUGCAGAUUAUUGGACUUGGAACUUUUGAGCGUGGAGUAGGGUGCCUGGAUUUUUCAAAAGCUGAUUCAGGUGUUCACUUAUGUGUUAUUGAUGACUCCAAUGAGCAUAUGCUUACUGUGUGGGAUUGGCAGAAAAAGUCAAAAGGAGCAGAAAUAAAGACAACAAAUGAAGUUGUUUUGGCUGUGGAGUUCCAUCCAACAGAUGCAAAUACCAUAAUAACAUGUGGUAAAUCUCAUAUUUUUUUCUGGACCUGGAGUGGCAAUUCACUAACAAGAAAACAGGGAAUUUUUGGGAAAUAUGAAAAACCAAAAUUUGUGCAGUGUUUAGCAUUUUUGGGGAAUGGAGAUGUUCUUACUGGAGACUCAGGUGGAGUUAUACUUAUAUGGAGCAAAACUACUGUAGAACCCACACCUGGGAAAGGGCCGAAAGGUGUUUAUCAGAUCAGCAAACAAAUCAAAGCUCAUGAUGGCAGUGUAUUCACACUUUGUCAGAUGAGAAAUGGGAUGUUAUUAACUGGAGGAGGAAAAGACAGAAAAAUAAUUCUGUGGGAUCAUGAUUUGAAUCCCGAAAGAGAAAUUGAGGUUCCUGAUCAGUAUGGAACAAUCAGAGCUGUUGCAGAAGGAAAGGCAGAUCAAUUUUUAGUAGGCACAUCACGAAAUUUUAUUUUACGGGGAACAUUUAAUGAUGGCUUCCAAAUAGAAGUCCAGGGUCAUACAGAUGAACUUUGGGGUCUUGCCACACAUCCCUUCAAAGAUUUGCUCUUGACGUGUGCUCAGGACAGACAGGUGUGCAUGUGGAACUCAAUGGAACACAGGCUGGAAUGGACCAGACUCGUAGAUGAACCAGGACACUGUGCAGAUUUUCAUCCAAGUGGCACAGUGGUGGCCAUAGGAACGCACUCAGGCAGGUGGUUUGUUCUGGAUGCAGAAACCAGAGAUCUAGUUUCUAUCCAUACAGAUGGGAAUGAACAGCUCUCUGUGAUGCGCUACUCAGUAGAUGGCACCCGCCUGGCUGUAGGAUCUCAUGACAACUUUAUUUACCUCUAUAUAGUCUCAGAAAAUGGAAGGAAAUAUAGCAGACAUGGAAAGUGCACUGGACAUUCCAGCUAUAUCACACACCUUGACUGGUCCCCAGACAACGAGUAUAUAAUGUCUAACUCGGGAGACUACGAAAUAUUGUACUGGAACAUUACAGACAGCUGCAAACUAAUCAGGAAUCGAUCAGAGUGUAAAGACAUCGAUUGGACGACAUAUACCUGUGUACUAGGCUUUCAAGUCUUUGGUGUCUGGCCAGAAGGAUCUGAUGGGACAGAUAUCAAUGCACUGGUGCGAUCCCACAAUAGGAAGGUGAUAGCUGUUGCUGAUGACUUUUGCAAAGUCCAUCUGUUUCAAUAUCCCUGCUCCAAAGCAAAGGCUCCCAGUCACAAGUACAGUGCCCACAGCAGCCAUGUCACCAAUGUCAGUUUCACUCAUAAUGACAGUCACCUGAUUUCAACUGGUGGAAAAGACAUGAGCAUCAUUCAGUGGAAACUUGUGGAAAAGUUGUCUUUGCCUCAAAACGAGAUUGUAGUGGAUACUACUUUAACCAAAGCCCCCAUCUCUUCCAUUGAAAGUGUCAUGCCAUCUGGCACUCCCACACCGCCUCCUUCCCAGCCCUUAAGUGAGACAGCUGAAGCAGCAAGUAGAAUAAGCAAUUCUCCCACACUUCUGGAGAACAACCUGGAACAGACUGUGGAGCCCAGCGAAGACCACAGUGAGGAGCAGAGCGAAGGGGGCAGUGAAGACCUCAGUGAGCCUGUUGAUGAAGAGCCAUCCAAUGAGACAAGCCAGGAGCAGAGUGAAGCUCCUCCUACUGAGGACCAGCAAGACCCUGCACCUCUAUCCUAACACCAGGGCCUGAGUGUAUGUGACAUUGAGCUAGAGUUCAGAUAACAGGACAGGAAGUGAUGGAGGAUCGCUAAUGACCAAGAUUUUGGUUUCCAUGUGAUCAGUGUUCUUCAGUAGAAUUAUCUUCAAUCAAAUGGAACCGACCUAAAGGUUCGUUUUGGUGUGCGUUGAAGAUGAACCAAACUUAAUAGUAGGAAAGAGUGAAACAUUAUGUCUCAGAAAUUAUGUGUGUGUAAGUGGUGUGAUGUCAAUACUGGAAGCAAAACAGCAGUUGUAUUGAUUUAAAACAAACCCCUUGUUAUCUGAACAUGUUUUCUUCAGGAACAACCAGAGGCAUCACAAAUACUAUUACUCAUCUACUGGCUCAGACUGCUACUUUUCUCCUGAUGCAGAAAAAAAUCAGAAAAGAAAAAAGGAAAAAAAAGCUCCUUAACUGAGAUAUCCUCCUACCCCAAAUGUGUAGUGGAAAUUUGUCAGUUAAGAAAAACUCAGUAUUGCCACUGGCAGUGGAGUUGCCUUCUUGAAUAAUAAUGCCAUUUCCUACACUACGGUAGAUAUCCAGGUCUGCUUGUUAGUCUACUGUAUAGGUGCUGCCUUUCCUAAGUCAUAAUGAGGAGCAGUCUGUUAGUUUCUUGUGUGCGAGUCUAUUUUAUCUUAGAACUAAGAAAGCAGUGGUUUGUUACAGAGCUUUUAAUGUAUAUUAAACCAUUGAUAUGCAGAAAUAAUGGAUUCCUCCAAGGAUUCCUUUACUGGCCUGAACAUUUUUAAAUGUUAGGCAUUUGUGGGGAUGGAAGGAAAAAGAAACCGUAUGCCUAUAAAACUAAAUUGUAAUUACUAGGCUAAUUUUAGCUUAGACUUCAACAUAAUUUGUUCCCUCAACAGCAGAAAUAUAAAUACAGUAAGUUUAAAUGAUUGAAUUGGUGCUUGAAGUUUAUUGGCUUAGCUGUAAUUUUUACACAGAUUAAUGAUAUUGAGGGAUAAGAUACUCAGCAAAUUGCAAAUUCUUUUUUACAGAAGUGUGAAUAACAGUCAUAAUUCUUUUUAUAAAUUGCGUACUUAACAGACUUGCUAUAUAUGGUCAUUUCUCUCUGGUGGAAGUUGCUAUAAGCCUUGCAAUUAUAAUGUGGUUAUCUUCUGCUAGUUUAGGCAAUGCAUGUAUUAUUAUGCAUUGGAUAGUAGUUUUUGUUUUUAAGUUUUGUCAGAUGACUUUGUUUUUAAGUAUGUGUUUCCCUACUUUAAAAAUAAUUACUGACAAAUACUCAUUUCCUAUAUGUUUGUUUAUACUUGGAUUAUAAAAAAAACUUUUAUUUUUUAGCUUGCUGCAAGUUUUGAUAUCUUUUUUUUUGUUAGAAUAUGUUUAGAAACUUUGGAUGAGUUCAGAAGUCUUAAGUAUGCAAGUGUUUACGUGAUUGUGCCAUUCCAAAGUGCAUCAGAACUGUCAUUCCCUUCUAGUAUCUUCUCAGGAGUAAUACAGAUCAGGUAUUUCAUCAUCAUUUGGUAAUAUACAAACUCCAGUGAACUCCCAAGGACAUUCACAACAUGUAUAUUCACGUGCUGUAUGUAAGGGUGUGGGUAUGUGUGAAGGGGUAAGUCUAGACACUUACUCUGUGUUUGUGUGUAUCUCUAUAUAAGCAGAUAUACACCACAUUGAAAAUAUUCAAUGUAUAUCUCUAGGUGUAUAGAUAUAUGUUCGUGUGUAUCUCUUUCCUUUUGUUUACAACUGUUCAAAAAAAACCUCAAAGUAGCUCUCUUCAACAGAAGAGAGGUAGUUUCCAAGCAACCCAUUUUUUUUUUUAGUGUGUUCUGUACAUAAUUAUCAGAGAGCAUCAGUAUCAGGCAUAUAUAAGGCAUAUAUAUUUGCCUAUUAGCAGUGGUGACUAAAUUAUCAGGUCAGCAUGUGCUUUUCCCUACAAGAAAAAUACUAUGAGAUGAACAAGUAGAAAAGCAUUUCUUCAAGCUCUCAGUGAUAACCAGGGAGUUUAUGUGGGCACAUCAGUCACCUUUGGGGUUGCUGUGUACAAUGAAAUUUAUAAUCGUGAUACUCUUGGGUGGUAGUUUUAAGACACUACUAAUACGCAGAAAGCGUUCCAGCUCUUGCUGGCAACUACUGUUUAACAGUCAAUCAAAUCUGUGAUAAUGGUUGGAAGUGGGUAGGAUUAUGAAAUUGUAGUUUUUAGAAAAACUUGUGAAUGAAAAUGAAUCCAAGUGUUUCAUGUGAAGAUGUUGAGCCAUUUCUAUCAUGCAUUCCUGUCUCAUGGCAGAAAAUUUUGAAGAUUAAAAAAUAAAAUAAUCAAAAUGUU